AUGUGUCGAAACUUGCAAUCAUUGAGCAAAGACGAGCUAAUACGGAAGGUCCUAGAAUCAGAAGCAAUACUUCAUGAGUUUCAAGAGUCAAGCAAGGAACUAGAAAAGGCGCUAGAAGAUGAAUUGCAAGAGCUAGAAACAACAAACUUGAAUCUUGAAACGCAAGUUCUCAACUUAAAGAAUCAGUUAUUAGCAUCAAAGCAACAAAAUUUAGACCACGGAAAGGAGUUGGACAAUCUACAGGAUCUCUUACUAAGCAAAGACCAAGAAAUCACCAGUUUGCAACAAAAAAUAGUAAAGAUAGAGAUUGCAAAUGCGUCCAUGGAGAGUCAGGAUAGAAUCAUGCUUCAUAAAUACAAAGUGCAACAGGAAUUUAGCAAUGAACUUUUGGAGAAAAUGGCCAUUUUGGAAGAUGAAUUGGAUAGAGUUAAAAAGCAAAAUACUGAAAAACAAUUGCAUAUCACCAAUUAUAAAAUUCAAAUUGAUGAUCUACAUGACAGAAUCAGACAACUCGAGUCGGACCAAAAUAAAACUUCCGCAGCAGAUUCCCUGUUUGUCAGCUUGAUGGAUGUUUUGAAGAGCACACCUCCACCGAAUGUACUUUGCAAUGUCACCAACAAACCACAAACCAAAAUGAAGAAGUCGGACUCACUCCAAAAACUCAAGAGCUUGACUAGAGAUAUUGACAUAUUUCUAGGGAAAACCAAAUAUCCCCAUGAUCCAUCAGUAGAGAAUAUGAAAAGAAUGUCUGUAUUGAAAGCACCAUCACUGACCAAAUUAACAACCCUGGAUGAGUCGGCAUAUAUUGAAACAGACAGGAGAGUGAAGCGGCUCUCGUAUAGCAAACGGUAUUCCCAACUACCUUCAAUAACGGGAAGCCCUAACCCAAGAGCUGCGGAGAGGUAUUCUUGA